AUGGAGACACUCGGAUGCUACUGGAAGACCCUCACACGUGUCUGGAACGAGCACCAGGUCGAAUCUAACGGAGCUUACUCGGUCGAGCGGUUGAUCCACCUGCGGGACUACAGCGAACGUGUCACCACGACGCACUGUGUGUUUGUACUGAUACUAACCUCGCGGCCUCCAUUGCUACUCUGCGUAUUGCUCGAGAGCAUACCGCUGCGCUCAACGACCGACAGCAUCGAGAACAGCUUUUUGAUUGGGUGCGCACAUCAGUGA